AUGAAUACAUCAUUUGACGGUAUCCCACCUGCCAGUCCAUGGGUUCCAGAGGCAGACGCCAAUAAUCUUGCAGCGAAACUGAUCCCGCAAAGAAGGGAUUCAAUUGAUUUCCAACAGCGAACCCAGCUCAGUCACCCUAGCACAGGCGUCCCUCGCCGUCCAAGCAGGUACUUUAUCCCUCGCUCAACUGGUAAUGUGAUUCCCAUUUACAUACCUAAUUCUGCCGCCUCGGAUCCACUGCAACGCUGGCAGGAGUCCCCACCAGAAGACGAGCCGGCAUCAAUGUCGGCGAUCAUGAAUGCUGUGAAGAAUACACCCGUCCACCGGCGUCGCAGAUCAAAUCAAGAAGGUAGACCCGUCGACGCCUUCCAGCACUCCCGUGCCCGGCCCCAUGGACCACGCCGAAGGGCCGGCAAAAUCAACCCGGAUGGUGGUAAGCGGCAUCUUUUCUGUUGCACGUUCUGCUGUGACCGCUUCAAAAGCAAGUAUGACUGGGUGCGCCAUGAAAAGUCGCUGCAUCUCAACGUCGAAGCAUGGUUCUGUGCGCCGUACGGUGCGUCGGCAUUCUCCCCGAUCACAGGGAGAGCACACUGCGCCUAUUGCAAUGCCUUGGAUCCUUCUCGAGACCAUCUCUCGGACCACAACUAUGAGGCCUGCCAAGGGGUCAGCACCCUGCCACUGAUCGACGACUGGAAGGUCGAGACCUGGGGCAUUUCAUCGCGAUGCGGAUUCUGCGAUACCGCCCAUUUCCGCAAAGGUCUCACGAUGAAAGAUUGGCAAGGAGACCAUGGACUUCCGCCUGCGAUAACCGCCCAACUCACCAAUGCAUUUCCGCCGUGGCUGAUCGGGUCCGAAUCGCAAAGUAUCAUCCCCUUUUCCGCGACCAAUACCGAUGUGCGUGACCAUUAUGCUCAGGUUUCAUUGCGAACGCUUGCGAGCAACGACCAGGGGCAUGGACCGACGAAGUCUUCUCUAGAACCUGUUCCGUCAUCGGACGGUCCGCCGUCGUGGCUGGAAAAUUUCCUGGAUAUCUUCACUCGCCGUUUAAGCCACUAUGCGCAGGAGCAGAUGCAAUGUGGCGUGGCCCCAACUGAUGAGAUGUUUCAGCAGGAGUCGCGACGUAUUGUCUUUGGACUGUGA